AUGCAAGGCGCUGACAUCGCAGUUGCAUGGGUAGAUACUUCUGGCAAAGUUCAUAUUCAAGACCGAUUUGCAUUCGAUAAAAUAAAACCAAUCAUAGAUAACACGACCCAAGAUUGGUUUGCUCUUCGAGGUCAAGAACAAAAUGGAUGGACAGGCAUUCAAUUCAAACGUUAUUUUGAUACUUGUGAUCCAAUGGAUGUUCCAAUAAAGUCAGGCACCAAUAUUCUCAUAUUUGCCUAUGGUCUUGUUGAUCUUGAUUUGUGUCAAUCAAAUGCCGAUAUCACGUAUCAUGAUAAUCGAAGAGGUACACGUAUAUUACCACUUCGAUCGUAUGCUGAUCAACCUGCAGAAAGCACAUUGCUUGAACUUGAAACCAUCGACUUCCGUUUCAACAAUCAUGUCGUUCCAUCGGCUGACACUACGUAUUACUGCAAAGUAUUCAAAAGCCCAAGUACAUUUUCUACCAAAAGACAUGCUAUAGCGACCACGGUGUAUCCGGAAGAAGCUGGUUAUGCUGUCACCAGUGAUAUGGGCAGUAAAUACUUCAUGAUCAAAAUGCACUAUGACAAUCCGCGACAAGCCUCGAAUCUCCGAGAUAGUUCUGGCAUUCGAUUUUACCUUGCGAAUGAGCUUCGAAAAUAUGAUCUUGGUUACAUACUGUUUGGGACUGUGUCUAACCCAGCAAGUCUUGCGAUUCCACCAAAAGCCGAACAAUUUAUUGUGGACUCCUAUUGCCCUCCUGAAGCGACUCGAGUAUGCACAUUGUUUUACUUAUAA